AUGGGUUUUCUCAAGUCAACUAAUAGCAUUUUGGAACUCAUAAAUAGUUUGGACCGGGUGGUAAAGGACUACCGGAAUAAUGAAGUAACUGUCCAAUUCUAUUCCACGUACUAUACUCCGGUGCUAACGACCGGCCUUGAUUCGAUCGAGCUUUUUGCAUCAAAGGUGUAUACACGAGCAGUUUUUAGGGAAGUAAAAAAACAGAUUAAGGGUGUUGCGAGUUUAUUGUUUCGGAGCAGGGACAGCAUUAGCACUACUAGUGUCUACCAAUUUUCCAAGAUGGGAAAACCUAACAAGAUACACAAGGAGUUGUAUGAUCUGAACGAGAAAAAGAUUGAGUGUGAGUGUUCAAUGUGGAACAGUGAGGGAAUUCCAUGUAGUUAUAUCUUCUGUGUGAUGAAGUAUAAGGGGUUGGAACAAAUACCUGAGGGUCUUAUUCUGAGCAGGUGGUGCAAGGAUGCAAAUGAUUGGAAUUCUAAAGCCCCCCAAGUGACAGAUGGCCCUCAGGGACGCUUGCUCCGAUAUGGUGCCCUAAGUGGGUUAAUGAAUUUGGUUGCCAGACUUGGUUCUGAAGAUCCCGCGGAGUUUGUUGUGGCUAGAGAUGGCAUUGCCAGCCUUGUGUAG